CUCUUUCCGUAGUACGAGCCUCCCCAUGUGUUGUUUACAGAAAUGCUAACAUCCAAUAUUCGUCCUCGCUGUGUCUGCUGACAUUUGAUUAUUAAUCUAACCACCUCCAUCAAACACCGUCUCUCUAAGAAACUGAUAAGAUGGCAGAUCAAGCCCCUUCUGUUGCAAUGGAGGCUGUCCUUAAGCCCAGUUGCGAUCUCCCAGAGGACAUGCCAAAGAUCAGAGGCUACGACUUCAACCAGGGGGUUGAUCUCCAGGCAGUGCUGAAGUCCUACCUCACCACAGGUUUCCAGGCCAGCAGGUUGGGCUUGGCCAUCCAGGAGAUCAACCAGAUGAUAGAGAAGCGUCUUGAGCCAGUGGAGCCAGAUGAAGGAAAUGAGUGUGACAAGUCUGGUGAAUCCAAGUCGGGCUGCACCAUCUUUCUGGGUUACACCUCCAACCUCAUCAGCUCCGGAGUCAGAGAGAGCAUCCGCUACCUGGCAGAGCACAAAAUGGUGGAUGUGAUCGUAACCACAGCUGGAGGCAUAGAGGAAGAUCUCAUCAAGUGCUUGGCUCACACGUACUUGGGAGACUUCAGCAUGCCUGGCAAGGAUCUCCGCCAGAGAGGCAUCAACAGGAUAGGAAAUCUGUUGGUGCCCAAUGACAACUACUGUAAGUUUGAAGACUGGCUGAUACCCAUCCUGGACCAGAUGUUGUUGGAGCAGAACACUGAGGGCACUCGUUGGACUCCCUCCAAGAUGAUCCACCGGCUUGGCAAGGAGAUCAAUAAUACUGAGUCUGUGUAUUACUGGGCGUACAAGAACAACAUUCCAGUGUUCAGUCCCGCCCUGACAGACGGCUCCCUGGGCGACAUGAUCUACUUCCACUCUUUUAAGAACCCUGGCUUGAUUUUGGACAUAGUAGAAGAUAUUCGCAAGUUGAACAGCCAGGCUGUGUUCGCCAAAAGGACAGGAAUGAUCAUCCUGGGAGGAGGACUGGUCAAACAUCAUAUAUCCAAUGCUAAUCUUAUGAGAAACGGAGCCGACUAUGCUGUGUUUGUGAACACGGGUCAGGAGUUCGAUGGUUCUGACUCUGGGGCCAGACCUGAUGAAGCCGUAUCCUGGGGCAAGAUCAGAACAGAUGCUAAACCUGUCAAGGUGUAUGCAGAUGCCUCUUUAGUCUUCCCUCUGAUAGUGGCAGAGACCUUCGCUCUCCACACUGACAAGCUGACUGCUGGCAAGAAAACAGAUUAAAUAUUUGCCUCCCUAAAUGCUCUGUUGGAAACAACAACCAGCUUUGUUCCUCCGGCACUUCCCUUGUUUGACAAACGGCCGAUACAAGUUUGAUCUUCUAAACAGUUCUGUUGAAAAUACACAGUUAUGGCAUGGCAACGUAGAGAAGCAACAUUACAUACAAUGCUGUAAUUGAAAACCGGGAGUCAGUGGUGAGAGUUUCCUGUCUUAAUGGUUUCCAUAAUAAUAUUUACUUGAUAAGACAAGUACAGUUAUUUUCCUAUCUGUUCAGAUAGGAUGGGUAGCAUGCUAUUGCAUGUACCAAAGAGUUUUAGCUGUGUGUGAGUAUGCGAGUGUGUAUGUGUGACAGAAAGAUAUUGGAUGCAUACUUAUGAGAUAUUAUUUUAUAAGAGUUUCGAUUUGUUCAGCUGUGGCAUGAUACACAGUCUCAUAACUUGAAUAUCAGUUUGUUUUAUUGUCCAUGCUUUUACCUUUACGCCGCUGUUUCCGGAUGAAAGACGUGCCUGUACAUCUUUCUUAAUAAAUCAUAAGUGAUUUUUUUUUUUUCCUGUUCUAAAUGGGUAUUUAGUGGACUAUCAAAAAUAGUCUUUGUGCAGUUGGUGUGUCUGAGAACGCCACAAGGGAUCCACGUUGUGACACUUCACAUGACUUUGUUUGUGACCUUUUGUUGUAUAGAUUUUUUUGCAUUACUGCUAUGAUGGAAAAUAUUAUUUAUAAUAUCAAAGUUUGAAGUUCCUUAGUUACAUUUGAAAUAUGUCUAGGAACACAAAGUGAACUACUAGUAUCUAUGGAAAGAGUUGUGAGCUGUGGCAUGAUUCAUUCAGAAAUACACAUGGCCACUUUAUUAGGUACCGCUACAAUCAAAACCUUUUCCAUACAAGGAGAUUUACAAUCCGUUUUUGGUUGCAUUAUAUGGAAUGUGUAAAUUCUUAAUCAUGUUUAUAAUUUGGUUAAAGGUCGUACAUUAUAUUAAGAGGGGAUUCUUAUAUCCUUCUCUUAUACAUGUAUAAAGGAAGUAACAUUUGAAACACCUCCAAUACAAUACAACAACAUCACCAACUAUGAGCAACAUAUUUAAUUAACACCUCUAUGACAGCGUCAACAAACACUACAACAUUACAGUGCUCAUAAAAGCAAAGUUUAUGGGAGAACAGUUGUACUGGAUUGCAUUAGACUGUACAAAUAAAGUGAACACUGUGUAUUUAUUAUAUAAACGUUUAAAUUUUACAGCUUGUUUUUCUUGUAAUUGAGAGACUCAAACAUCCUUCUGUAAACUGUGGUUCAGCUUUCAAUCUCUAUAGAUUUACGUUCUUAAUAAACAAUAAGCAACA